CUUUAAUAUAUUUUAAAUGGAAUAUUUAUAUUUUUAAUUCUAUAUUUUAUUUAAUAUAUUUCAUUUUCGAAAUAUGGAUAGUCAUCUCCCGAAUCAGGAAAAUGAACGCGAGGCGCCAAAAUAUCAGAACACUUAUCGUUUAAAUGCUUAUAACCCUUUUAAAAUAGAUCCAGUGGAUAAGAUUGUAAAGAUGAUAAUGAUAAAUAAGCUAGAAGAUAUCUCUUAUGAUGGUAUGGAAUGCUCGAAAAUUUGCGAGUCAGUAGCCAUCGAUAUCAGAGAAAAAAUAAAAAAUUUGAACUUUGAUCGAUAUAAAAUCGUGGUCAAUCUAACCAUCAUAGAGAAAGCGAAUCAAGGUAUACAAUCAAUUAUGGGAUUUCUUGCGGAUACCAAGAGAGAUAAUUAUUCUACAUUUACGUACGAAGCUCGAACAUUUUACGCUUAUUGUUUUGCAUUUGGAAUUUAUUACGAAUAAACGUUAAUAUUUUAACAUUAA